AUGGGCUUGUUUUAUUGCCCAGGAUUGUACAUGGACAGGAGAUGUGUGUAUUACAACAAGCCCCUGCUGGAAUCAGGGACCCUGGGCACCAAGGGCAACGUACAGGUGGUCAUUCCCAAACUGACCAAGUCUUACUCCUCCUCGCAGGACCCUCCCGAGAAAUCCAUUCCUAUCUGUACCCUCAAGAACUUCCCCAACGCCAUCAAACACACGCUACAGUGGGCCAGAGACCAGUUUGAGGGACUGUUCACCCAGCCAAUAGAGGGCGCUCUUCAAUAUGCCACAGAUCCUAAAUUCCUGGAGAGGACUGCCAAACUCCCAGGCACACAGCCAAUGGAGACACUACAAGGAAUUAAGAAGGCCGUCGUUGACGAGAGACCAAACAGUUUCCAGGACUGCGUGGCUUUUGCCAGGAAUCUGUUCCAGGAGAACUAUAAUAACAACAUUCGUCAGCUUCUAUUCAAAUUCCCUCCUGAUCAGGUCACAAGUUCCGGAUCCGGAGCUCCAUUUUGGUCUGGUCCAAAAAGAUGUCCGCUGGAGUUUGAUGUAAAUAAUACCACCCAUUUGGACUAUGUUAUGUCUGUAGCUAAUCUCAGGGCUCAAAUGUAUGGCAUCAAACAAGUUCGGGAUCCAAAGGCUAUCUGUGAUAUGGUGUCAAAGGUCAAAGUUCCCGAGUUUAAACCUAGGUCAGGGAUAAAGAUUGAAGUGACUGAUGCUGAAAUGGAAAGAAACCAAGGAAACCUCGAUGCUGAUGCUGUGGAAAAUCUACAAAAGGACUUACCCACUGUGGAGAAAGUAAAGGCCAUGAAAUUAGUUCCUAUCGAGUUUGAGAAAGAUGAUGAUACUAAUUUCCACAUGGACUUUAUCGUGGCUGCUUCCAAUUUGAGAGCCGAGAACUAUGACAUUCCACCAGCAGAUCGACACAAGAGUAAGUUGAUUGCUGGAAAGAUCAUCCCAGCCAUUGCUACCACCACAGCACUCAUCACAGGCCUAGUGGCUGUAGAACUCAUCAAGCUUGUACAAGGACAUAAUAAAUUAGAAAGCUACAAGAAUGGAUUUGUAAAUCUGGCCUUGCCCUUCUUUGCUUUCUCAGAACCAAUUGCAGCACCCAAGAACAAGUAUUAUGACACUUACUUCACAUUAUGGGACCGAUUUGAAGUUCAAGGAGAGAUGACGCUACAGGAAUUUUUAGAUUAUUUCCAGAAAGAAUACAAGCUGGAGAUCACCAUGUUAUCACAAGGCGUGUCCAUGUUGUAUUCAUUCUUCAUGCCCCCCGCCAAACGACAGGAGCGAUUGGGACUACCAUUAUCAGAAGUAGUUAAAAGAGUCUCCAAGAAGAAGAUUCCUAGUCACGUAAAAGCUUUAGUGCUGGAGCUGUGCUGUAAUGAUACGGAGGGAGAGGAUGUAGAAGUUCCAUACGUUAAAUACAAUCUACCACAGUCGUAAUGUAAACACUGCCCUAGAGACCGCAAUAGGUACCCCCAUGAGUGGUGACCAGACACUGGACAUUCUCAUAUUGAGAGACUUAUCAACAAACAAACAGUCGGACAAACGGAUGACUGAUGCACAGUCAGUGAAGUGCAAUGAACAUAAUUACAAAGAUUUUUCUUCUUUUUGACUGUUGUAUAUUUGUAUUUCUCAAUGAUGUAAUAUUAACUUGUGGACUUGUGUAAAGGAAAACAAAGCAAACAAUAAUUUGAUUGUUUUACUAUAGUAUUCUCUGUACACAGACAGGUUUGGUAGUGUGCAUAAUAAUUUAUUCUGUCUUUAUGAAACUUUCAAAAAAAAAAUAAAUGAAUAGAAUCAUAAAAGUUUAACAA